GCAGAACGAUGAUACAGUCGCGAUAACAAUCGAGUUUAGGUCGGCGGUCCAUUCCUGCUAUGCCAAAAUUACGUCUGACUCUUCACAGCGGCGGACUCGAGAUACUCUUCUCAAACCAAAAAAAGUAUGCGUUGUCACUACCCAGCCAGGAUGAGUCUGGUGCGCCAGCCAAUGUUGCGUUCUUGGUGCGGUAUCUCUGCGACAAGGUCAUGAAGGACCCUAGGAAGGACCUCUUUGUUCUCGAUGGGACUGUACGGCCUGGGAUACUGGUGCUCAUCAACGACGCUGACUGGGAACUGGAAGGUGAAGACAAGUACGAGGUUCAAAAGCGGGACCAUAUCAUGUUCGUGUCGACGCUUCACGGUGGGUAGCAAGCAUGGCUCAAAGUCAUGUCUACCAUAGUAACAUCAUGACAUACCGAACAAAAUCUAUUGUAUUCGUGCCAGUGCGACCCGUGCUGAGAGAGUAUUUGCUGUUAGAAAGUUCUUGGGUUGCUUAUGUAAGAUUACGAAUAGACCCUUGCAUCUGUGCAAAGGCUCAUGACCAAAUGACAACCAUGGCAUUCAUUAUGCCAAUCGCUGGAAAGCUCGGAAGAACGGCUUCCCGCGGCGUUGUUUCUUGGUAAGAAAUGAA